AGAGAGAGAGAGAGAGAGAAACUUUAUUUUCCUUUGCAUUCCAGAAUGACCCAACUCGGUGUAGGGGGCCUGCUUACACUGCUGACCUUACUGGCUGGUGUGGGCGGGGCGUACCAGGGCGCGCCGGUCUACUACUGGUCGCGCACGAAGGUCGGCACGGCCCAUGUGUCGCACCGCGCCCACGUGGGUCCCCUGCCGCACGUCAACGAGGUCAUGACGGAGUGGUCGCGAUGGGGAGCGUGGGACGGCUGCUCCAGGUCUUGUGGCGGCGGGGUCAGGUCGAGGUCAAGGACGUGUGUGACCAAGUAUCCCAGGGUCAUGCCGGGCUCAGGGAUUCGAACCAGCCACAACCACUGCGCGGGGGACAGCGUCGAGUACUCGCUGUGUGCCGCCCGCCCCUGCGUCACGGUCCCGGGUCAGGCUUCUUCCGGCGUGUCCUUCAGAGCGGCGCAGUGCAGGAAGUACAACAACAGGCGGGUCUUCGGCAGGCUGGUCAACAACUGGGUCCCGUAUAUGCAAGGCGCCAUGAACCCCUGCUCGCUGGUGUGUGAGGGCGAGGGACAGGGGGUGGUGUACACGUUCGGCAAGGUCACGGACGGAACACAGUGCAGCACGAGCGGCGGCGUCACGGGCGGCGUCAGUGGCUACUCUAUUGGCGGCGGUGUGCGGGACGGCCUCUGUGUCAACGGGAGGUGCCUGCCUCUCUCCUGCGACGGGCGCCUCGGAGGGUCAGCCAGGGAGGACAUGUGCCGCGUCUGUGGGGGGCGGAACGACACCUGCAUCCACCACGUCGGCAUCUACCACACCGACCUGCCGCUGCCACCCCCUCCACCACCACCACCGCCUCCACCCGCAGUGUUACCAGACCAAGGGAACCGACGGGAGAGCUUGCAGGACCGACCAGAAAGACCAGAUACGAGAUACUCCUCUUCUUCUUCUUCGUCCUCCUCUUCGUCCUCCUCCUCCUCGUCUUCUUCCAGUACGAUGACCGUGGAAGCUUCGUCAUCAUCGUCAUCGUCGUUGUCCAGAGGGAAGAAACCUAGGCGUCUGGGGUACUACGAGGUCACCACCAUCCCGCGAGGAGCCACCAACGUACGAGUUCAGGACAGGUCUCAAAACUUCCUGGGUGAGUGUGUGUGUGUGUGUGUGUGUGUGUGUGUGUGUGUGU